AUGGCACACAAACAUUCCAUUGAGGCGUUACCCAGGACAUUGAAAUAUAUUAAAAACAAUGACAAACUAUUUGGCGGCACCUUGUGGGUGCUUUCACGUGAUUUCAGACAAACGCUUCCCGUCAUUCCACGUUCAACAUACGCUGAUGAGAUCAACGCUUCCUUAAAAUCAUCUCCAUUUUGGCGUAAUGUUGAAAAAGUACAGCUGAAAGUAAAUAUGCGCGUUCAAAUGCUUCAAGAUCCAUCCGCUGAAACAUUCUCAAAACAACUCUUAGAUAUCGGUGAUGGAAAAGUUGCUACAGAUGAAACUGGAUACAUAAAAUUACCGACCGAUUUCUGCACAAUCGCUGAUUCGCAAGAUACUCUGAACAAAUAUUUCCUGAUGUAUCCACACAGUAUAUAA